UAUAAUUACUUGCUUCUCCUUUACUGUCCACAAAACCCAGAUAAUCCAAAUCAAUCACCAAUGUCUUUAAAUUGCUCCAUCCUCAAUCCCAAAGUCCCAGACUUUCAGGGACAGAGAAGAAUAUACAACAAAACCCAUGUAGGAAAUUUCUUCUUCUACCAUAGAAAAAGCCAUCAACCGAAAAACAACUUAGUUUCUGUUCUUUCCAUGUCGGAGUCCAAGCAAACCCAAUUCCAUUCUUACUCUCCCCCUCCUCCUCCAUUAAUGGAGGACCAUGAAAAUCUUGGUCCGAACUGUGAGGAACUCGAUAUUGCUGUCAGGGCUGUACAUAUGGCGUGUUUUCUAUGCCAAAAAGUGCAGGACAGUUUGGUUUCAAAAGGAAAUAGUCCAGUUCAAUCCAAGGAUGAUAAUUCUCCUGUUACUGUUGCAGAUUGGAGUGUUCAAGCAAUAGUUAGUUGGAUUCUGGCUGAGUUCUUUGGGAGUCGAAAUGUGUCAAUUGUUGCCGAAGAAGACAUUCAAAAUCUCUCCAAGCCUAAUGCAGCUGGCCUAUUAGAAACUGUUGUGUCUACUGUGAAUGAUUGUCUUGCUGAAGCACCUCGUUUUGGGCUUCAAGGUCCGGAAAUUCCCCUUGGAUCUUCUGAGAUUCUCGAAGCCAUUAGUCGAUGCAACUCAACAGGAGGUCCUAGAGGGAGAUUUUGGGCACUGGAUCCCGUUGAUGGCACAUUAGGUUUUGUACGAGGUGAUCAAUAUGCUGUUGCUUUAGCAUUGAUUGACGAUGGAGAAGUUGUGCUUGGAGUUCUCGGGUGUCCUAAUUAUCCAAUGAGAAAGGAAUGGUUGAGUUAUCAUCACCGGUAUCACAGAAUCAUAUCGAAGUUGACCCCGCCAUCAUCUGAAUCCUGGGACAAAGGUUGUGUCAUAUGUGCUAAAAGAGGUACUGGAAAGGCUUGGAUGCAGCCUUUAAUCCUAGGAAACAGAAAGCUAGUAUGGCCAAGCUCUUCGAGGCCAAUUCAAGUGUCCUCCGUUGAUAAUCCUGAAUUGGCUACAUUUUGUGAACCGGUUGAGAAGUCCAAUUCAAGCCAUUCCUUCACAGCUGGACUAGCUCACAGCCUCGGGAUCAGGAAGCAACCAUUACGUGUCUACAGCAUGGUGAAGUACGCAGCAAUAGCUCGAGGUGACGCCGAAAUAUUCAUGAAGUUUGCACGAACUGGCUACAAGGAAAAGAUAUGGGAUCAUGCAGCCGGUGUUGUGAUUGUACAAGAAGCUGGAGGUGUAGUAACUGAUGCUGGAGGCCGCCCACUUAACUUCUCGAAGGGGUUGUUCUUGGAAGGUCUUGACCGAGGUAUAGUUGCUUGUGCUGGAUCUGAAUUACAUGAGAAGAUUAUAGCGGCUGUUGAUGCUAGCUGGAGCUCAUCCAGUCUAUAAUGACUUUCUGCUGCAGAAUAUCAGUAAGAAUGUGUUGUAUUGCAUUUUCUAGGCAGCGUAAGAAGAUUAUAGAUUUUCCUUUAUGCAUGUGUAUAUACAUAUAUAUAUAUUUUGUUGUUUUAUAGAUCGUGUUUGCUGAUCAUCAUAGAAAUCAACCUGGUUUUAAAUGUUAAUCAAGGUUGAAGAUUUGUAUAUAGCAAUGUUGUUCUUGUCAUAAAGGAAAGGUUUUGCCUUUUCUUAAUGGUUAUGAAAGCUAUAUGGAAAA